UCAAGAUUUUCAUUUUUACAAGUGUGCUGUCUGUCCUCAUCUGCUGUACUUUAAUGUACUGGAGGCUCCAGGUCAGGUUGAGGUGUUAUGAACAGGGUGGUGUGAGGCGAGGAGAGAGGAUUUGGUCCUCAGCUGGGUACAUGAUCCUCGUCAUCGUCUUCUGCUGGACUCCAGCUCUUGUGCUGAUUGGUUUUUCUUUUGUUUGCUCUGAGACGGACAGAUUGUUUCCUCUCUUCAUCAUACAGGCCGUGUCAGUUUCUCUGCACGGUUUCCUCAACAGUAUCGUCUAUGCCUGGAGACGCCGUAACUUCCGAGAAGCUGUGCUCAGGGAGAGAAUGCCUCUGCUGACUUACACACACCGAGCCUUCUUUGACCAAUCCCUGAGAAAUGACACUGAGGAAACAGGAAGUGCAUAGAAUUAAUAUCAGGCAUUAAGAGACAAGUUACAUUCAAGAAAUACAAAUGACAUCACAAUGCAAGGGCCCUUUUUAAUCAGACUGGAGAGAUUUGAUCAAAAUGACAGGAUGGUGAUUUAUUACAUCUGCAUGAAUUUUUCACUCUCGAGGUGGAAAAACAUAUUUUGAGUGUGUGAUGGAUGCUGAAAUCACACACAUCAGAAUUCAGACCCUGACUUAAAUGAUCUCUUAGCCAGUGUAGUUAUCUUAA